GAGCGCAACGCAGUGGAAUUGCGGGAAACGCUGGGAGUGCUGCAAGUUGUUAACUUCAUUACCAUUUUUUUCCUUUGUUUCCCUGUCAAAAUCUUCUUCUUCAUCAUCGUGAUAUUAUUUUUCAAUUUCACCAAUUUUUCGUUCCAAUUCCAGCGCACAAUUCCAAUUCUUUGAUCCCUAGAUUUCGAAGCAUCCAUUCCAAAAAGUUCCUUUCUCAAUCCUUCUUGAUUCUCUAUUUCGACGAUUAAAAUUUUGAAUCAAAUCUUCUACUCUGAUUCUUUCUCUUAUCCACACAGAGUUCCUCCUUGCGUAGUUUUGUUGAAAAAGCUCAAGAAAUGGAGAAAAACAGUAGCUGUUGCUUCUCCAGUAUAUCUUCCAACCUUCCAAUCACUUGUUUCAUAACCUUUAUUGCAAUUAUUUUAGUCCGAAUUCUCUACGUGAUUUGGCGAACCUGCAAGCCGCUGAGAAAAAGAACUUCGCAGCAGCCUCUCAGCACUCUCAUUGUUUUGGGUUCAGGAGGACACACGGCAGAGAUGGUUAAUCUCUUGUUUGUUUUGCAAAAGAACAAGUUUACGCCGAGGUUUUAUAUAGCCGCUGCUACUGAUAAUAUGAGUCUUCAGAAAGCUCGUGUGUUGGAGAAUUCUUUGGCUGAUUCGAGUGGGGUCAAGGAAAUCUCUGCCGAGUUCAUGCAGAUCUAUAGAAGCAGGGAAGUUGGUCAAUCAUAUGUAACCUCUGUUUGGACAACUUUAGUGGCCCUGGCUCAUGCAUUGUGGCUGAUGAUUAAAAUCAGACCUCAAGUGGUUCUUUGCAAUGGCCCUGGUACUUGUAUUCCUCUAUGUGUAAUUGCAUUCAGUUUCAAGGUGGUUGGAAUUAGAUGGUCAUCCAUCUUUUAUGUUGAGAGCAUUGCAAGAGUAAAAAGGCUCUCUUUAAGUGGUUUGUUGCUUUACAAGUUACGGAUUGCGGAUCAGUUCUUUGUGCAAUGGCCACAACUGCAGAGAAAAUACCCUCGAGCUCAUUAUGUUGGUUGCCUGAUGUAGUUAAUUAAGUCCACUGCUGAUGGGUACUCUCACUUAACCUCAAAGAUUUUUGUUUUAAUAUUGUAUUCUAUAUUUUAAAGUUUCUUUUUCUCUUUCUCUUCAUUAGGAUUUUAGUAUUUCCUUGUUGGGUUAGUUUGAUUACUGCAACAUGAUUUAAUGUGGACCAUGAUAUUUGACAAAAAGAAUGAUAGAAUAUGAUAUGGAUUAUCUCAAAAUUUUGAUAGUAA